CAAAGGAAAGAAAGAAAGAAAGAAAGAAAGAACAGAACAGAACAGAGAUUAAAUUAAAAAAACAGGAAAAGAAGAAGAGAGAGGUAAGGGAAAGGGCAAUCAAUACCAGUAGGAUGAUGGAUCUUUAGAGGAAACAAACAAAACAUUGCUCCGUCAUCCACCACUCCAAGAUUCCAAGUGUCUUCUUCUAUUUCUUCCCCCACUUUCACUUCUCAUCCCAUUCCCCAAAUUGCCUUCCUUCAUGGUGGUGAGGAGUCAGUGUGCCCACUCCUCCUCCUCCUCCUCCUCAUUAUACUCUUCUCUCACCAUGCUGAUGGACGCUGGCGCUCAUGAACCCACCUCCAUCAUCGCCUCCAUCUCCGUCUCCAAGCUCAUUGAAGCGGUGGCGACUGCCGUGAGGUACUGCUCCAAGGAUUCAGUCUCCUCGAGGACCAGUGCUGCUGCCCUAGUUCCUUCCUUCAUUGGAGAACCAAGCGCAUGAUCUGCUGCUCUUCUUCUUCUUCUUCUUCUGCUCUCCUUCUCUCUCUCUCUCUCUCUCUGUCUCGUUUGAUACCCUGUGUUCGCUUCGUUGUGAUCUUCUGGUUGUUCAGCAUGUCUUCCUUGAUGGCUUCGACGGUGGCAGGGCGAUCUCUUCUCAGGUAUGAUGGUGGGAAGAAGGCGUGGAGGGCCCGGGCGGAGAGAUGGAGCCAUCCCACGUCUAGGGCUGCCCACACUCUGUGCAGUCUCGCGACGGUGCCGAAGGAUCCCAAACUCGAGAUUCAGAAGGCUGCGAGGCAAAGGUUUGUUCGGGAGAUUUCCUUUAAGUCCAAGGACAAAGAUGUGUCGCUGGCCAAGGCCCUGCUGUAUGUUGCAGCUGAGGAUGAAGCUUUUAUUUCAUAUAGUCGGGAUAUGGAUGCGCAGGCAUUUGCAAGGGAAAGGGAGGAUGCUCCCAUUCCAUUUAAGGCUCAAUUAGAAGUUGAUAGUGUGGAAGAAUUCCCCUUAGCUGGAAAGACAAUAUCUGGGUGGUUGGAUGAGUUAGAGAUGAUAGCGAAAGAAGUACAAGCAGAGUUGGUCUCAAGGGACAUAGGCUGCCAUUUGGUUGAAGUGUUGAAGGCUGUGAAUGUUGUUCUUUUUGAAUCAAGAGAUUUCAAAAGAUUCCAUGCGCUUACUGAACCAAAGUUUUGUCACCUGCAUACAGCCCUUAGCUCUGGUUGCGGCAGUGCUAUCCUCCUUAGCAUCAUCUACAUUGAAAUAUGUCAAAGGCUUGGUAUUACUAUUGUGGGUUCUUGUGUUGGUGAAGACUUCUUGAUUUGGCCUGAUUCAGGGAACCUGGAGGAACUUUUCAAGGUUAGCUCAGGGCACAGCCUGUUUGCCAUUAUUAAUGGUAAAUGCGUAGAGAAUCCUAGAUCAAAGGCUUCAGAUCUGGAUGGGAGAUCUCUUCUGCAACUUGAUAUUGCAACUAAUAGAGAUAUUAUUGGGAUUGCGCUAGCUAAUCUGAUUAGGCUUCACUGGAAGAGGGCUUCGAGAUCAACUCACGGAUUAAUGCUGACUUCUCCCUUGAGAUCGAUUCAUGGCAGUGGUAAACCAAACACCGCAGAGAGUUCAAUGGCUCCUUUGUUACGCCCUCGAGAUCUGAGGUUGGCGAUCAUGGCAUCAGAAAGGCUGCUGAUUCUUCAGCCUCACAAUUGGUCUCUGAGGAGGGAUCUUGGCAUGCUUUUAUACUAUAGCAAGAGGUACGGAGAAGCUGUCCAGGAACUCAGCAUUUGCAUGGCUUUCGCUCCAGUUGAGGAAGCAGAAGUCCUUGAACCAUUUGUGGAGAAGUUGCAUCUGCUGCGGUUUGAACAAUCUUGGAAUUCUCAGGAGCAAACUGGCUCUCUAAUGGUUCCUUGACGAGGCAUUGCUUUUUAUGAGUGAUCCCACUGAAGUAACUGCAAGUGCUUUGGUUCCGGUACAACUGAUGCUCGGAGUACCUCAUUCAAGCAGAGAUUUCUUUUAUCCUUCCUUCAGCGUCCCUGAACCUUUUGUUGCCAUUUUUGGUUAAAUCCUUUCUAUCUGAAAUUUCUACUUUGUACACACUGCAAGACUUCUUAGGACCGCUAGGACUUGGCUCAUUCUUAAAUUGAUGGGAAAAAGCAUUUCUGCCAUUUUGAUGUACAUUAGCAUUUUGGCUGUCUGGAUUUAUCUUCUUAUCAAUCUAAGCUUUUUCAGUA